AUAUCUUGAGCAUGCAGCCUACCGAGCAGGACGAGACGCCACCGCUGGACGUGGACGACGCUGGCGAGGACGAGGAAGAGGUGGAGAUCUUCUCAGCAGAUGCAGGACCUACUUCGCAUGCUGCAGCGCCAUCUAGCGACCGGGCGUCGUUGCUACCGCCGGCCCCACGUCGCUGCGUCUCCAAGGAGAUGCUGGAGCAGAUGCCGACGCUCAGUAUCAAUACUCGCUACCAUGACGUGACCGUGCGCAAACCCUUCGGCUGCUUCCACCUGAUGCAGCUCAUCGAAAAGUCCAUCCAGGUGGGGGCGCUCUUCUCGCCCAGGCUCUUCGUACCUAAGGAGAUUUGGCAGCAGGACAGAGUCAAGCUAGCAGGCGUCCCACUUAAGGUGGAGGUGUUCCAUCAGCUCAAACAGGGGCUCGAAAAGACCAGCCACGCGCUGCCGCUGUCAUCAGAUACAGCUAAAGCUGCGUUUGUCAAGGAGCUUGACGCUCUGCUGGAGUUCGCAAGACAGGAGCGCGUGCACUUGAUCCGGUCGUUCCCGUUCCUGCCUCAAGAUAAAAGCCACGCUGCCCCGCAAUUGACGCGUAGAGGAAGUAGCAGUGUGACAGACGAAGGAUCUGUCGACGCUCACUCGUCUGGGAUCGGCAAGCUGACGAAUUUGGCCUUCGGGUUUGGACGUAUGGUCAAGAAACAGGCUAUUGCUGCAGUGGAACGCGUCGGGGCUGCGCCAUCCGUCUCUGUGUCUAUCCAUGAGUUGGACGAGUACGCGGCAGUGCUCUGCAUGUUCUUCAACUCAACACGGAGCAUUGAGAAUCUACUUGGACUGCGAGCAGAAGCUGACGGAACCCAAGAACAAGUGAACGACCCCAAGGCGGAAACGGAAAGCUCCCAGCUGGACUCUGCCACUAUGAAGAAGCUGGAAGAUCUCGCCAUCUUCUUGGAUGAAGUUGUCAUCGAGCUUGUGAUGCGCGAUGUCCACAGUCUGCUGGAUCUUUAUAUGCGAAGACUAACUCGACAGUUCGGCGAGUUUACCGUGGAGCAGGCAGUUCUCAAACGUCACCCGUCGAUAUCGGCGAAGAAGUCGAGGAAGAGCUCGUCCUCGCGGCGGCACGACGCUCCAGCGGGCGAGUGGAAGCAGUACACGUCUCCCGACGGACAUCCGUACUACUACAAUACCUUAACUAAGGAGAGCAGAUGGGAGCCACCCGUCCAAGAGGAGCCUGUGCGUCAGAAGCAUCGACGUCCUAAAGGAAGUCGCCACCUUGACCUAAAUGAAGCAGACUCUGUAAAACAAGAGCCCCUUAUUCAGAAUGAAGUGCCUAUAGUCAAGGAAGAGAAGAAGACGCGCCCCGAGAGUCGCAAGAGCGUGGCCGAGGAAGCCCCCAAUGGUGCCAUGAAACCAAAGAACGCCAUGUUCCAGAAGCUACAGGCGUCGCUCGAGGGCAAACUUAAUGGCCCCAUGAUGGGGAUGGGGAGACCACCUCCAAUGCUUAAUAUUAGGCAGAAAGAGGAGGUUGCGGAGGAGAUUAAGACGCCGUCAUUAGAGGAUCAGUACGAGGCCGAGACGUCCGGUAUGAGUGCAGCCGAGCGACUGCGUUUCUUGAGGAAGAAGCGACAGGAGAAUAUGAUGAAUAAGAGGGAGAGCGUCGCUGGAGACGACUUUAUGGCUGAAGUGGCCAACAAUAUGAAGAAGAAGGGGGUGACAGUCAAGUCCAAGGAGAAGCAACCGAAAUCGACCUGGGGGGAACAGGCGGAAGAGCAACGGAAGCGACAGCAGAUGCAGGAAGAGAUGGAAGCCAAGGCGCAGGAAGAGGCGAGGAAAGAGCGCGAACAGCAGGCAGAAGAGUUGGAACGGCGACGAGAACAGGAGCGCGCGGAGCAAGUAGCAAUAGAACAGCAGCGUCAACUGGAACGGAAACAGCGACAGGAAGAAGAGAACGGGAAGACAGAGGAGGGCGCGAGAGAGGUAGAGGAGAAAGGAGACGAUGCCGAGCUUGUAGCAGACCUGGACGCCUCUGGAUCAGGUCGUCAGAGCGUGGAGGACACGUCGGCUGUGCCAAUUGACGAGGACUCCGGUGUAUCUUCACUUGAACAUGAGGCGCGUACGAGGAGUCGAAGUCGAGGGAGCAAGCACAGCAUCUCAACUGUCUCUGAUUCGAUUAAACAACUGGAGGGAGACGACCAGUCUGCAGUCGAAAAUGGACACAGCGUGAAGUCGGAGGCUGCAGAAGACUCCGUACAGGAAUGUGCACGUGAAGAACGACGGGCCCGGAGACAGCGCAAAAAGGAGUUGGCUGCUGCAACUGCAAGCUCGGUGACAUCGGAAUCACCGCGGCGUAAGUCCGUGUCCAGCUCAAGUGGACAGAACGAGGAGCCCAGAACCCGCUCAACUAGUAGCGUCGAGGCCGAAGAGGAGACGAGAGCGAGAGAGAAGCAACUGCGUCGUGAGCGACGGCGGAUGGCAAAGAUGGAAGCAGCAUUAGCUGCCCAGCGCUUGGAAAGUGACGACCAAGCCAAAAUCCAGCACGAGCAUCGCUCAGAGAAGCUUCCUGAUAGCCACAAUGGCUCAGCUGCUGGUCCAAGUCACGCAGGAGGCUACUCCAUGAAUGGACAACCACUUCCUGGCCAGACAGUACCAGGGCAACCUCCUUUCAGUAAUGGAAUGUACCCCCAAUACCCGUACGCAAUGAUGCCGCCACCGCCGCCUUCCCCGUAUGGAUAUUACUAUCCAUACAUGCAGCCACCUCCCAUGCCAAUGCCCAUGUACCCUCCGAGUAUGGUACCACCAGGUUAUCAGUUAAUUCUCCCAACACCUCCACCUUCGGCGGACGGGAUGGCAGCAUUGGUACCGUACGGUGGAGAUUCUACGCUGUUAAAGAAUUCGGAAGAAAAAAACCCCACUGAAUUGGGACGAGGAGAUCUGUUUUCUUCUCCGAGCACUAUGAUGCACCAAGACAAGAAGCAAAAGUCCACACGCGCAUUAGCGGUGCAUCCUCAAUUGGGUCGUCCAAGUAUUGACACGUCCGAGUGGCCGUCGUUCCCUGUACUCACUGCAGUUCGUUUAGUGUGUCAAGAGCGUCUCCACACGGAUGGAACCGGCAGUUUGCUGCGAGUGAUUGAUUCCUUUCUGGAUAGUUUCUCUAAAGUGUGGACAUUGUCGACCGGGUACAAAAAGUCGAAUGGAAGUCUGCGGUUUCUGCAGUAUCUCGCUGCUCGUGAGUCGAAGACGAUGGACCCGUUUCUGCGACGAUGGGAAGUGAACUGCGUCACGGGGGAAAUGGCGGCACGUGGGGAUCUACGCAGCCUGAAGUGGGUCAUUGAAAAGUAUUUACCAGGCGAGUUCCUGACAGAAGUUGUAGCUCAAGCGACGACGAAUGGCUCCUUGGAAAUUUUGCAGUAUCUAUGGGAUAAUUAUCGUGAAAUUGGCUACUGGGGGGGAAUUGAGUUGGUCGGAGCGAUUCGAAACAAGCAUCACGAGUUGGUUGACUGGAUCAAAGCUCAUGUUGUUCUUCGAUCCGUGUGUGCUCAGCACGUGAUAGAACAUGCAGCUGCGUAUGGCAACGUGGAGGUUGUGCGCUGGUUGUGUAAAGAUUUCGGUGUGGGGAUAGCUGAGGCUUUGAGUACAGCAGCUCGGAGCGUCCGAGACCCUGUGGAGGCUCUCGAAUUGGCUGCUGCUCAUGGCCACCUGCACAUUAUCAAGUGGCUUCAUGAGGAAGAAGGGAUAGCGAGUGUUGGGGAAGCCUUUGGCAUUGCUGCGCAGAACGGCCAUAUAGAAGUGCUGAAGUACUUGGACGAGAAGAAGCUUAGCUCUCCUAACUCAACUCAUUUCAUCUUGGAUGCUGCUGCUGGGUCGGGAGCUCUCGAGAUUGUUCAAUGGCUUCAUUUUAACACGCAAGCCCGGUGUACACAUCGUGCUAUGGACGAUGCUGCGGAGAUGGUGAAGUGGCUUCACGCUAGCAGACACGAGGCUUUCAAUCUAGACGGAGUCAUGGACACUGCUGCUGCACUCGGAAAUUUGAGUAUUCUACAGUGGUUCCAUGAAAAUCGUGACGAAGGGUGCACAACUUUAGCAAUGGAUCAGGCUGCUGGAAAUGGGCAUCUCGGAGUGGUAAAGUGGCUACACGAACACCGCACGGAGGGAUGUACUCUAAGCGCAAUGAAUGAUGCAGCCACGAACGGACAUUUGGAAGUGGUCAAGUGGCUGCAUUGGAAUCGGCGUGAAGGGUUGGUUGCUGGCUCGUGCUCCAAGCGCGUUGGGUGGGUGCACAUUGAGAGUGAAGGCAUGGAAUUGGCACGUCGACGGAAACCGAAGAAAACAUCCGAUCAAUUCGAUCUUCUCACGCGCUACAUCGAGGUAAAGGAGGAUGAAGAUGCCACGAAGACUGAGCGCAUCAAAGUUCGAAAUGCAAAGGCAGGGUCUGAUUGCGCUGAAGGCGAAGCCAUUCGUGACGAAGCGUUAAAGCUCAAAGAAGAACCGUGCAGCAACGUCGACAAUAAAGCUGCCAUCGCGAAGAAGUCAAGGUGGCCUAAAGCGGUCUGUGCUUCGAUGUCGGGGAUGGUCAGCUCGCAGCACAUCUGUGAACAUGAGUAUUACUUUCUCUCGAAGAGCGUGCGCCUCAGUUCUAGCUGCCAUGGACGUCACUGGGUUCUUUGCGUGGGGAAUACCGAUGAUACUUUUACGAUGCCCAAUUUCCACAAUGGUUUCAAGAGCAAGCCGGCGUCGCCGACCACCGAAACCGCCACAGAAGAGGCGACUGACGUCAACACUGCGCUGGGGGCUAAGAAGGCUACAAGGGCCAAGACAACUGCGGCUAACACGAUUAGGGCAAUCAUGAGUGAAGAUGAGGACAUCGACGACAUUGAAAGCUUGGACCCAGCGCACCAUGAGGGUUUUAAGGAUUGCGGCAAGUCAGCAAAGACACCGCCCCAGUCGCCUCAAACUAUGGAUGGCAUUCAAGCAGAGGUCGAGCUAUAA